CGAGCUUGCCUCACACUCCUUGUUUCUUUCCUUCAUAGUCGAACCAUCGAGGUAAGUUUAUGUGAGCGUAGAUGGCCAAAUAAAAAAAAUUCUAUGGCAGGCUCAGCUUCGUCACUGACCCAAUUUUCAGAGUUAAGCAGGUAUUGCGGCGAUGUCAUGGAUCCUGCACGUCGCGCAUUUCUUAUCUGUGACGACAUCCUGAACAUCCAACACGCUGUAGCAGCUCCCGAGCUAUGCCCAUAGCAGCAGUGCAUGGGAUCGUGAUUGGUUUGGGAAUAGACAUCAUCUCCGCGUGUUACGUCCGACAUGCAGCAUCAGAUGCGAAGUUCUCGAUCAAAGCUCGUUAAUCACAUGGCUAUUCAGUUGUUUGUCUGAUGAAGGCUACUGCGUAUAGGAAGUCGAUAUGGGGCUGGCAGCUGACGACGGAACGCUAGCUUAUUUACAGAAGAUUACGGGGAAUCGAUCAUUAGCUCACAUACUCGCAUAUACUGCACGGGCAUUCUCGAGCGACGAAGCAGAGAAACUCGGUCUUGUUUCUAAGGUUGUUCAAGGCGGGAAGGAUGGUGUCGUGACUGUGCAAUUGGCCAAAGGUAUUGCCUCGAAGAGUCCUGUUGUGGUGACUGGGACAAAGCGCCUCCAGGGAUCACAGGUAUGAGACUGAGUGUCUGUCAACUCUCUUGGAUCAAUUCAUUGUGUUGUUGUAACAGUGUUGCUGAGAAUUUGCAGUACACGGCAACUUGGAACUGAGCUGCGCUUCAGGCUAUGUUAGUCAAAGCAGGAAUGGCGAAAUCAAUGGAGCCCCGAAGUUCUUACCAUUAAAUAUUAA